AUGAAGUUCGCCGUGUCUGUCGCUUUGGCAGCUCUGCUGACCACCGCUGCUGCUCAAGGCCUGGGCGAUCUGCCUGACUGCUCGAAAGAAUGUGCUACAGGUGCAAUCCCCGAGAGCUGCGGAAUUGAUUUCAAGUGUAUUUGCGAAGCCAAGUCCUUCCUGAGCGAUGUCACCUGCUGCGUCGCUGAGAAGUGCUCCAAGGCGGACCAGGAGACAACCAUCAAGGUCGCCAAGUCAAUCUGUGCCCGUGGUGGUGUGACCAAUCUACCCAGCGAGGUAGUUUGCUCUAGCAGCAGUUCGAGCUCACACUCUAGCUCUGGCACUAGCUCCAGCCCGACUGCGACUGGAACCAAGACUGGUACUGAGGCUUCGGUUACUGCUGCCACGAAGACGAGCGAAUCGACCACUGUGACUGGCACACAUGCUUCCACCACUACCACCUCAACCAGCGCCUCCGCUUCCUCUUCUGCUGCGGCGACUAGCACUGCCAUGGCUGCGCUGACCCACAAGGACUCGUCGCUUGUGGCUGCUGCUGGUGCUGCGGCGGCGUUGGCCAUUCUGAUCUAG